AUGGCCGAAAACGUGAAAACCCUACGACGGCAACGGGGUAAGGUGCAGGCAUCAAUCACAACCUUCACCAAAAAACUUGAUAAUUGGCGAGAUGAUGUAGAAAAUCGGGAUCCAGAUCUCUUACAGCAAAAUUUAGUAUCUUUACAAAAAAGAUUCGAAUCAUUUGACGCUAUUCAGGAUCAACUCGAGGAGUUGGAUUCACAAGAAAUCAAACAAGGAGAAUCUAUUCAAGAUUCUUUCGACGAGGUUGUCGCGCGAGCAACGAGAUACCUCCGCGAAGCUCUUCAUCAAACGGAAGUAGGAUCAGUCAUUUCAAAUCACUCAUUGCCUCACUCGUCAGCUGGUGGCUCGGGACAAUUUAGCUCACGGUCCUCGAGUUACGGCAUUCGGCUCCCAAAGCUUAAUUUGCCAAAAUUCAAAGGCGAAAUUUCGACUUGGCAAAAUUUCUAUAAUUUGUUCAUUGUUUCCAUUCAUGAAUCUCCGUUGAAGGAUGUUGAAAAAUUUCAGUACUUACUUAGUACUUUAGAUGGUGAAGCCAAAGAUCUAGUCAAAGGACUAGCUAUCACUGAGGCAAAUUAUACGGUCGCAUGGGAACUGUUGUGCAGUCGCUACAAUUGUAAGCGAAGGCAUAUUUUCCAUCACUUUAAUCGUUUCCUCGAAUUAUCAGAGCUGAAACACAGCUCCCAGCUCUCCUCAUUUAUCACAAAAAUUAGGGAGCACACUCAGGCGCUCAAGGCGCUGGGAUAUGACAUCGAGCAAUAUGAUGCAUUUUUGGUUGCAGUUCUUUACCGCAAAUUUUCGCCGUAUUACCGUCGACGUUUGGACGACUACCGUGGUAGUGACACUGACUACCCCGACGUGGAUAUUUUGGUUAAAUUUCUGGACAAGGAGUGCCUUGCAGUAGACGACACAAGUCCAGCAGAACACGAGAAGAAAGAGCCAAGGAUCAAGGCCUUGGUCACUUCGAAUUCGAACCCGAAAAGUGAGCCAACGCCAGGAGGACAAGGGGGGAAGUCAACUCAGGGAGCCCGGAAAUGCAUUUCGUGUAACGGCGAGUUUCAUCCCUUGUAUACUUGUCCAUCAUUUAGAAACUUGAAAAUCACAGAGAGGCGUGAUCUGGUGGGACGAGCAGGGGUUUGUUUCAACUGCCUGGGCCAAAAUCAUAAAAAGCAGGAUUGCAAGAGUGAUUCCAGAUGUAGACACUGUUCUGGUCCCCACCAUUCCUUAACUUGCAUUACGACGAAAAAUCUUGGCACCAAAGCGGACCCCCCUACCGGGAGAGAGGGUCCCGGUCCCAGUUCAGAUCACGGUCCCGUCGCCCUUGCCUCAGUUGCGGACGCUCCAGAUGUUCAUCCCUCAGUUUUACUCGGCACGGCUUUGAUUGACGUGCAGGGAGGGGACGGGCGAUUUCACACGCUUAGAGCAGUUAUCGACAGUGCCGCCACAACAUCGUUUCUAACAAAAUCUGCUGCUCAAAAACUCAAAUUGAAAUACGAACGCCUCAACGAACUGGUCUCUGGAAUCGGGGGAGGUCACACCUCCGAUGCAGUUAAGGGCCGCGCAACAUGCCUCAUCAAACCUCGGGGCAAAGAUGAGCCAGUGUUGUCAACAGAGACAACAAUCAUCAAGAAGAUUGUGGGUAACUUGCCCUAUUUGAACUUAUCGCAAAAUGUAAAUUCUCAUUUCUCUCAACUGAUGUUGGCGGAUCCAGGGUUCGCUGUCAAACAAGAAAUCGAAUUUUUGGUCGGUGCCGAUAUAUUUCCAUACAUUUACACCGGCGAAAAACGCUUUGGGCCACCAGGCUAUCCAGUUGCCUUAGCCAGCAUUUUCGGCUGGGUGAUCACAGGAAGAGUCGGCCAGGAACGCACGCAGGUGCGCACUGCGCUGAUAGUCACGCCGUCACAAGACGCCAUCUUACGGAAAUUUUGGGAACUAGAGGAAGUACCCUCCAUUUCAAAAAUGCAUCCCGAUGAUAUCAUAGCUGAAAAGAUAUUCAGCGAGGAACACUACACGUUACCAAAUGGCAGAUAUGUAGUGCCACUUGUGUUGCGCGAAAACGCUCCCACACUUGGGGAGUCCAGGGGUCUCGCGAUAAAUCGAUUAACUGGCAUAGAGCGUAAAUUAAACAAGAAUCCUGAGUUGAAAACAGGAUAUAGCGAAUUUUUGGAAACCUACGAAUCGUUAGGUCACAUGAGCGCUGUCAACUCAACAACCGAAAAAGCUGAAUAUUAUAUUCCACAUCAUUGCGUCAUGCGUCCAGAGAGCACCACGAGUAAAUAUCGAGUAGUUUUUGAUGCUUCACAAAAAACUACCUCUGGCGUUUCCUUAAAUGACAUAGUCUAUGCAGGACCUAAACUACAAAAUGAUAUCUUUGAUAUCAUCACGAAAUUCAGAUUACACCAAUAUGUUUUAACGUGCGAUAUAUCGAAAAUGUAUCGACUGAUCUUAAUUCGUCCAGAGGAACAGAAGUAUCAGCGAAUUAUUUGGCGAAGUCAAAACGGCGAAAUUAAGGAAUUUGUUUUGAACACGGUCACCCACGGCAUCAGCUCAUCGCCUUUUCUUGUAUUACGUACACUGAGGCACUUGCAACCCUUUAUCGAUUCGGAUGGAAUUCUAAGGGUGGGGGGUAGGCUAUGCAAAGCAAAUAUACCUGACUCUGCAAAAAAUCCAGUUUUGAUGCCAAACCAUGGCAAAUUUGUGGAUUUACUUAUCGAUGAUAACGGCACCAAUUUUGUUGGUGCGAAAACCCACCUAACUGAGAUGCACAAAUUUUUAACUGAUAAUAAAAACACAAUUGAUGAAGAAUUAAUUAAACGCAAAGUUGAGUGGAAUUUCGUACCUCCGAACGCGCCUCACUUUGCUGGACUAUCUGAGGCUGGACUUAAAUCAGCAAAGUAUCACCUCAAACGAGUCAUCGGCGAUCAAACUUUAACAUUCGAAGAGAUGACGACGAUAUUUUCAAAAAUCGAAGCUAUUAUGAAUUCUCGCACUUUGUGUCAACUUUCGACGGAUCCAGCCGAAGUUGACGUUCUCACUCCGGGCCACUUUUUAGUUGGUGGGCCCUUUGUUGCCGUGCCCGAAUAUGAUUUUCUGGAUGUAAAAACGAAUCGACUCUCCCGUUGGCAACUUUUGCAAAAAUUAACUCAACAUUUUUGGAAGGUAUGGUCGCAAGACUAUUUUCAUACCUUAAUUCAACGAACAAAAUGGUCCAAACACGAAGAAAACCUAAAAGUCGGUGACUUAGUAAUCAUUGCGGACAAUGACUUGGCACCAACGCAUUGGAAAAAAGGGCGCAUACAGCAAGUGCACCCUGGCGCUGACAACGUUGUCAGAGUUGUCACAGUGAAAACAGCAAGUGGAGUCUACAAACGACCUGCUGUUAAAAUCUAUCCACUUCCGUCAAAUUAG